AUGAAGGCCGGUGUGUCGCUCGCCAGGCUGUUGCUGCUCUUGCACUGCAGCUGCUGUUGGGCCUCGUCGAGAGAGCCCCAUGGUACUGCGGACAGUGCUUCGGUCCAAGUUGCGCCAACCGCCGUCGAGGUUCAGGUCGAUCAAGCUGACGUCGCACGAACCUUCGAGCCCGUGACCACGAUCAAUCACACGACUGCGGUGCUGCCCACUUCGACACCACCUCUGGCUCCUUUCAGUACGACGAUUCCGCCAGAUCCGGAUGCGCAGACCGUGGCGACGACUCCAGAUGACGUCCACGUGUCCCAAGAACCGGUGCCACACCACGCGACCACCGCAGACUCGAGCCUGCCGCCGUCCCCGACCGCGGGCUCGUCGACGCCAUCUACAGCUCCAGCAGUAGCACAAGAGACCCCGGACGUAGCCGCAACCUCUUCGGAAAAACCAGCCCCCACAUCACCUACGACAGCUGCAAACCCGACCGCGCCCUCCGUCGAUCCGUCCAGCCAAUCGACGACCCCACCUUCCGCAGACGCGCCGCCGGUCGUUUCUUCGGCCACUUCUUCGGUCACCACCACCCCUAAUGAUGAGACAACCGCUUCGAGAAUAAUCUCGACCGAAGGCGAAGCCACCGUAUCAAGUUCCACUUCAACGACUUCUUCAACGACAAGCACAACCGCAACGACUGCUGUAGCAUCUACUACAGAAGAAGCAUCGAGUGUUCCGCCUAUCGCGGCUCAAACCGGCGUCGCUUCGGACGAGACCGUCGAGGCCCCCGAGUUCCUCUCCUUCAACGAAUGGAAGGACAAGUACGUCAUCGUCGCCGCCGACGCGAGUGCUGCUGCAGCGAGACGAUCCAAAAAGACGGCGCAACGUGCUCGACAGGAUGCCCAAGGUGGUCAAGCCAGCUUUGACGGCGAUGGCGCUGACUUUGGGAGUCUGUUCGCCAGCGAAGAAGCCAGCGGCAUGGGGGACAAUCGAGCCAAGGACCCCGGCCCCGGCACAUCGAAUGGCGCCGCAGGGCCAAAGACAGAGGAACGUGGAUCACAUAAACCGAGACCAGUAGCCACUGGAUCUGGUGGGAAGAGCGAUAAUGCCCUGAACGUCACCCUCAUUCAGCCUCUGCCCAAUGUCGGGACCGGCGAAGCGUCCGACCCGCUUCUUCUUCUCAAGGAUCGCUCCAACUAUGCCGCAUUCGAGUGCGCGGCAAUGGUCCAUCGCUCCUCCCGCCAAUCCAAGGGUGCUUCGUCGAUUCUGGUCGAGAAGAAGGAUCGCUACAUGCUCACGCCGUGCUCCGCCGACCCCAAGUUCGUCGAGGUUGAACUGUGCGACGAGAUUCAAAUCGACGCGAUCGUCCUCGCCAACUUUGAGCUCUUCUCGAGCAUGUUCAAGUACUUUGAGAUGACAUGUUCGGUCGACUAUCCUGGACGACCCGAGACAUGGCACAACUUGGGUACCUUCAGGGCUCGGAAUGCACGAGGAAUACAGGUGCGUGCAGGCUGGGCUCGACUAUGCUGGGUCAGGGUCAAGCUGCUGAUCCGCGUCGAUGUCGAUCACAUAGGUCUUCCGACCUAACCCGGUCCCCAACUUUUGUCGCUACGUGCGCAUCAAUUUCCUCACCCAUUACGGUUCAGAGUACUACUGCCCCGUAUCUCUGCUACGCGUCUACGGCUACACCCAACUCGAUGCCCAUCGUGAAUCAGAGCGCAAGAAGGCCGAGUUGGAGGCGGCGCUGGCGUCUGCGCUCGAAGAGGGUGAUGCGGAGGAAGAGGAAGAGGAGGAUAUGGCACCUUCACAAUCGGUAUCAGAGCUACCGGCCUCGCACGAGGCUUCGGCCUCCCCAGCACCCGACGUGGACAGCGCGACAAAGCAGGUCGAAAAUGCGACCAUGUCAGAUCGAGACACGGCGUCCACGAAGCACUUGAUCCCCGAUGGUCCUCCUUCAGCGACAAGUGGCGAUAAGCCUACGGAUGCUCCCAGUAAUACUGUCAGCGCAGAUACGAGUGAGAACGGCAAGAGGCUGAGUGGUUCGGUGAAUAAAACGGAGCCAACGUCGACCGUGGAUUCCGCCGCCGUGGCCGCAUCGAGUGCCCCAACUCGCGGUGAACCUAAUUCAAACGGCAGCACGACGGAAUCGGCAAGCGCUUCGUUGGAUGAAAUAACUUUGCAAACGCCUACCUCAACACCUGGUACUGCUACAUCAAUUGACACACAGUAUUCGUCAAGCUCAGCCGAUCCUAUUCAUCCCUCGCCGAGCGUACCAGCUGGACCACUACAAGUCUCUGAUGCGAACGCGACAGAGCCCACCCGCCCCUCGACGUCGGAAGCAUUCGCUGCUUCUUCCACUUCUGAAGUAAAUGCGACCACGACGACGCCAUCUGAGAGUGCCAACGCAAUGGAUCCUACAGCCUCGUCUCCACCUGCUGCCUCGACAACGGCGUCAGCCCCUCGCCCUCCCGCGUCCGAGCCACCCAUCGUCACGGUUCGUCACGCUCCUCGGAACGAGACUAUUCGACCGAUGCCGCCUCUGCCCCAGAUAACGCCUCCACAGCCUCAGCCAGGAGAGUCGAUCUACACGACCAUCAUGAAGCGCUUGACGAUCUUGGAGCAGAACCAGACGAUCGCGAUGCAUUACAUUGAGGCGCAGAGCACGAUGCUGCGCGAGGCGUUUCUUCGCGUCGAGCGAAGGCUCAAAGAUGUCGAAGGCAUGGUAAGCUAGCCAAACUCUCAUCUUACAAAAAACAUAUGUACUGAUCUUUCCAGUUGUGUCCCAUGCGCAGCAUCAACGCCAAGAGCAAAGCUUUCGACUGAUCCUGUCUGAGCUGGACAAGCAGCGACUCGAUAUCGAAAGCGAGCGGCUGUCGCUGACCGCACAGGUGGCCGUCCUUGCCCAAGAGGUCCGACUCGAGAAGCGCCUGAGCAUUGCGGAGCUCUUUGGUCUCCUUGCCCUCGUUGUCUUUGUCGUCGCAACGCGGGGGUCGCCGACGGCACCACUCAUGCACCUCACGUCGUCGCAAGUGCUGCGGCGAGCGGCGGCGCAGGCGGACGCGCGAAAGGUCGAGCUUGCGCGCAGGGAAGGGGCCGAUCAGCAUCGGCGAUUCGAUGCAUGGGAAGAAAUGGUGACGGGUACAGAACGAGACCGGGAGCGGACGCGCAAAGCCUCGGCCACUCGCAACGCAAUUGCAGGACUUGGUCGAGCCCCGUCCGGCAAAAGGGCGCCGAUCUCGAGCAAGACGGCGCCUAGGCGCAACUAUGCCACCACGAGCGCUUCACGCACCCCGGUAUUGCGAGCUAAUCGGGCCUGGUCGCCGCCGGUUCGACAUUCAUCGGCCCCACCGGACGAGAUCUUCCCCGACUUUGUCAUCAACGGGGAUGGGCCUACCACGACGAGGCCGCUGCAACGUCGCGGUAGCCGCAAGUCGAAUGGCGGAUACGGGAGUUUCGGACUGGGCGUCUUUCCUAAUGGCAUCGACACCAAUCAAAGUGCUCGUGCGUCGAGUCCUCUUCAAUACUCGACACUCCGACGUCGCGGAUCGGUCGAGCUAUCGGAUGGGAUGUUGUCGGACGAUCAAUUUUCAACAACGACGAGCGCGAGCGAACCGAUGCAUCACCCCGUGGGACUGUACAGCGCACACGCGACCGACGAAGCCGACGACGAGCGAGGUUCACGGCACAGUGACGAUGAAGCGGAGGAGACGCUGCUGUCCCCUUUGCCGAUCACGAAUAGGCCGAAGACGUUGAUCCCGACUUCGCCUUCGCCUGCCGCUGUCUCGACCUCGAGGGCGUCACCGCCGAGGAAACUUGGCCCACCGCCUUCGCCGCGUCGGCAUUCGUCGCUGUUGAUCCCCUUCCCUCUCGUCGAUGAUGCUCCGAAUCCUCUUGCUCCGACGUCUCGCUUGCCCUCACCCCCUCCAGAACCUGCUCCACCCGAAGUUGUCCCCACUCCCUCCAGCGACGUCGCCCCUACAGAAUCGAAACCAUCCCCGACGCCAUCCCCGACGGAAGUAUUAUCCUAAUAGGCCUGUUCACCUCGAUCGUACACUUUGCACAUAAUACUCAUUGGUAUGAGGACCGUGUUUUGUAGUUUGUAUAUUUUCUUUGUAUCACCGUCGUCAUCGUAUGCAAUUCGCAGGGUUGGAUUCUCCCCUUCACUUGCGGACCGAACGAGAUGGAAUUCCGAGGGAGGGCCCUUCGUCUUCCUCCUCCUACUUCCCCCCCUUCGCGAUCGAGCGUUGUUCGCUUCUCCAUCGUCGCAGCCCAUGGCCCCUCACGCCAAAGGAUUCUCGGCGACGCGACUGUACAUCGGGAACCUGUCCCCUUCUGUUGAUGAGUGAGUGUGUUGCAUCCCUUAUCGCGUCUUCGAGCGGUCGUUGACUGAGAUCAUCAUCCCACGUGACCUUCACCACCCCGCGCCCGAAUCGGCUACCUGUGACGGUCGCUCCGUUGAUGUACGACCCCUCAAACCAGGUAUACGUUGAUGCAACUCUGUUCCAAACACGGCAAGAUCCAACAACUCGACUACCUCUUCCACAAGAGCGGUCCUUUGAGGGGUAAACCGAGGGGUUACGCUUUCGUCGAGUUCUCCACCAGGGAUGUACGUACAGCAGCGCUUUUGAGAUUGGGGGGUUCGCUGAGAGUGAGGUUUGAAACUUUUUGGGGGAUUUCUCUUUUCUUUUUCUUUUUUCGUGUGUGUGUGCACAGGAGGCGCUGAGGGCGAUGGUCGCUAUGGACGAUCAGUUGGUAAGGGGGAGGAAGAUCUCCGUCACGGCCGCUUCGGAACAACAAGUACGUUCCAUAGACAGUCGAUCCCAUGGGCACGGCAACGAGAUCUUACUGAUCCUUUGUUUGGGGGGCCUUUUCUAAUCGAUAGACGUACGACGAUGCGACGAGUAGUGCGGGUAGAGGUCGAGGAGCCGGACGAGCUUCGGACCCGACUCGACCGACGGCGAUCUCGUUGCUCAAGAGUCAGAGCUCGGGAGGAGGGUGAGCAAACGGAGGCGACCCCCCCUUCAAAGUUAGUUACGAUCGAGAGGGAAGCGUUACUGACUGUCACCGGUUGGUGUGUUGCCUCCCAGUUCAACGAACAAGAAGAUCGCGGCCCUCGAGGCUAAACUCGCCGCGUUGAGGAAGGAGAAGCCGAAGGAGGGGACAACAGCAAAGUCGAAAGCUGGGACUUCGGAGACGAAGAAAGUGGAAUCGAGCACAGCUGCUGUCGUGGACGGAGAUACCUUCCUCGGCGCGAUUGAGAAGGAGAUGCAGGUCGAGCCGUCAGAAGCGGGAGGAAAGGAAGGACCGAGUAAGACUCCUUCGACUUUGCCGUAG